AUGAACAUUUGGCAUAGAUUCAUCUUUUUAAUAUCAAUUUUAUCGUUACCACUUGUUAAUACAUUACCUCUCAAAUCACCUAAAUCAGUUACAAUUCCAUUUAUGAAACCUCUCAAAUCACAUAAACCGGUUGCAAUUCCAUUAAAGAAGUCGAAUAAAUUAAGUCCUAAUCAUAAUUCAAAACUGUCCACUAUUAAUGAUCCUCCUAUUGUUAACGCAUCUUUAAUGGAUGAUUUUCAUCACGAUGAUCAAUAUUUCUGUGAAAUUACUCUUGGUGGUCAAAAAUUCAAUGUAAUGAUUGAUACAGGUUUUGGUAAUCUUUUAAUUCCAUCUAUAGAUUGUACUUCUGCAUGUGAUUUUAAGAACAAAUAUAAUCAAUCUAAAGAUAUAUUUUUCAGAACAAAUAAUAAAACUUUUGGCUAUGUUUAUGGUAAUGGACUUGUAGAGGGAAUAAGGGGUCAGACCUUCGCUAUGAAUAUUGGAGGUUAUUCUCCAGGAUCACGGCAUAAAACUGAUCCAUUACCAGAUCAGCAAUUCGGUCUAGUUACAAAAUUUCCAAAUAAUUUUAAGUUCACUGAAUUUGAUGUUAGAUCAAUGUUCUCUUUAAAAAUUGGAAGAGAAGCAGAUGGAACAGGGAGUGAAUUAAUAAUUGGCGAUGUUGAUCAAAGUAAAUUCACUGGUGAAAUUUUCUAUACAAGAAUGAUUAAUGAUAAUGAUGAUUGGAUAAUUCCUCUAGAUGACUUGUCCAUCAAUGGUAAAUUUUUAGGGUUUCAAAAUCGUACUGGAAAAUUUGCUUCAGGAUUCUCUUCAAUAGUUGUACCUUUUGACGACGCCAAACUAAUUUACCAACAUAUACCUAAUGCUAGAGAUCGUGAUGGAAAAUUUAUUAUACCUUGUGAAAGCAAAAUUAAGAUU